GGAGUUGGCUAGUCAGAAGGACAACGAGCCUUGCCAAUCUGGAAAUGGAAGGUUGCUCCGAGGACGAGAUGAGACUGACCGACAGUAGUAGUUCGCAAAAGAGGCAACGUACUUCAACCGAAUCUGAGGAGAAGAAGAAACGCACCGGGACGCUGCUGGAUCUGGAUGCUACGGACUGUCCCGUUUGCUUUGAUUCUCUCACCAUUCCCAUCUUUCAGUGUGAGAAUGGUCAUGUAGCAUGCUCUACUUGCUGCGGAAAGCUGCGUCAGAAAUGUGCAACAUGCUCCUUAACCAUGGCUUCCCGCAACAGAGCUUUGGAACGGAUUCUCGAGCUACUUACAGUUCCAUGUCCAAAUGAUGGUUGCUCCGAGACUGUCCUUUAUUCUGAAACAUCAACACAUGUAAAGCACUGUGCUUACACCCACCGUCCUUGCCCUUUUAGCAGCUGCGACUUCAUUUGCUCCUUCAAGGAUUUAUAUGAACACUGCGUUGCUGCUAAACACUGCGAGUCCUCAGACACGUUUGAAUGUGGAACGGCCAUGUAUAUAAUAAGACCCUUAAGUGGUAAGAGGAUCAUUCUCAAGGAAGAGACUACAGAAGGAGGAGGAGGGGGAGAAGGAGAAAUUGUUGUUGUGGAGUGUUUCCAGAUGCCUCAAGGUCGAAUUAUAUAUGCUAGCUGUAUUGGGCCAGGAACAGACGUGUUCUCCUGUAAAUUCGAGCUGUAUCCAGCUUCGGGUAGGCGUUUGUCUUCUGAAUCAAAACUCGAAAGAGUCGGUGAAGUAAGCGAUGAACUACCAGGUGGGUCUGUUAUGUUUGUUCCAAGUUUUUCAUAACCAUCAAGAGAGGAGACUUACUAGGAUCAUGAAGAAGCUACUACUUCUUCACUCAUAAGCCACGCACUUACCUACUUUACGUGUUUGUGCUUAAGAGUUGGAAAUGAGCUUUUGUGUUUUGUUCUUUUGGAAAAAUUACAACCGAAAAUGUAUAUCUAAUGCAACAUCUACUUUUGUUCAUUAGGUUUCCUUUGUAAACUAUAUCAUCUAACACUUUAAAAAUUUAUGUGUGAUGUGGACCUAAUUUCAUA